GGCGAGAGGCGGCGGUGGCGGCGGCGAAAGAGGAGGGGAGGACGGGGGCGGCGUCGGACUGGAGCCGAUCGGCGGUGCGAGCUGCCCGGGGCGCAGUCGUGAGCUCGCCCGCCGGGCCCCCACCCCUAAGCUACACCCUGCCGUGCCCAGCUCUGCCCGCGUCCGUGCCCCCGCGGGGAGCGCGCCGGGGCUGCCCCCCGAAUGACGGGCGGAAGGUUCGACUUCGACGAUGGCGGCACCUACUGCGGCGGCUGGGAGGAGGGCAAGGCGCACGGGCAUGGCAUCUGCACGGGGCCCAAGGGCCAGGGCGAGUACUCUGGCUCCUGGUCGCACGGCUUCGAGGUGGUCGGAGGCUACACCUGGCCCAGCGGCAACACCUACCAGGGCUACUGGGCGCAGGGCAAGCGGCACGGGCUGGGGGUGGAGACGAAGGGCAAGUGGAUGUACCGGGGGGAGUGGUCACAUGGUUUCAAGGGGCGCUACGGGGUCCGGCAGAGCCUGUGCACCCCCGCCCGCUACGAGGGUACCUGGAGUAACGGGCUGCAGGACGGGUACGGCGUGGAGACCUACGGGGACGGAGGUACCUACCAGGGCCAGUGGGCUGGAGGCAUGCGGCACGGCUACGGCGUGCGCCAGAGCGUGCCAUAUGGCAUGGCCACGGUGAUCCGCUCCCCGCUCCGCACCUCGCUGGCCUCACUGCGCAGUGAGCAGAGCAAUGGUAGCGUUCUGCACGAUGCUGCUGCCGCUGCUGCAGACAACCCAGCUGGCACCAGAGGCGGCUUCGUGCUCAACUUCCACGCGGACACGGAGCUGGGCAAGAAGAAGGGCGGCCUCUUUCGACGGGGGUCCCUCCUUGGCAGCAUGAAACUCCGCAAGUCCGAAUCCAAGUCUUCCAUCUCCAGCAAGCGCAGCUCGGUCCGCAGCGAUGCAGCCAUGAGCAGAAUCAGUUCCAGUGAUGCCAACUCCACCAUCAGCUUCGGUGACGUCGACUGUGAUUUUUGCCCUGUGGAAGAUCAUGUGGAUGCCACCACCACGGAAACCUACAUGGGCGAGUGGAAGAAUGAUAAGCGCAAUGGCUUCGGUGUCAGCGAGCGCUCCAAUGGCAUGAAGUACGAAGGCGAGUGGGCCAAUAACAAGAGGCAUGGGUACGGCUGCACCGUGUUUCCCGAUGGCUCCAAGGAAGAGGGAAAGUACAAAAAUAAUAUCCUAGUCCGUGGAAUAAGGAAGCAGCUUAUACCAAUAAGAAAUACAAAAACUAGGGAGAAGGUGGAUAGAGCGAUUGAAGGCGCGCAAAGGGCUGCCGCCAUGGCCAGAACCAAGGUGGAAAUAGCAAACUCAAGGACCGCACAUGCCAGAGCAAAGGCUGACGCUGCUGACCAGGCUGCACUGGCUGCCCGCCAGGAGUGUGAUAUCGCGAGAGCCGUGGCCAGAGAGCUGUCGCCUGAUUUCUACCAACCAGGCCCUGAUUAUAUCAAACAAAGAUUUCAGGAGGGGGUAGACGUUAAAGAAAAUCCAGAAGAAAAGGUACCAGAAAAGCCACCAUCACCAAAGGAAUCCCCACAUUUUUAUCGCAAAGGCACGACACCCCCCAGGUCCCCUGAAGCAAGUCCCAAACAGAGUCACUCUCCCCAGCCCUCCUCCCCAAAGCCCACGAGGAAACAGAACCCCAGCUCAGGGGCCAGACUCAGUCAAGAGAGAAGGAGCAUGACCGAGGAGCAGGUGACAGCCAUUGUCAAUAAGCCCUUGAUGUCAAAGGCUCCUUCAAAGGAACUCGGAGCAACCGUGCCCAAGUACUCUGGCCGCCACCAUGUCCCCAACCCCAGCAACGGGGAGCUGCACUCUCAGUAUCAUGGCUACUAUGUGAAACUGAACACGCCCCAGCAUCCUCCAGAAGACGGGGAGGAUGAGAGUGGAGCCAGCCAGUCCUCCUCAGCAUUGGUACACAGGCCGUCACCUAACAAGUGGAGUCCCUCUCAAUCUGGGACAAAACCAGUUGCCAAAGAAAGCAAAGCUGAGCCUAAAGCCAAGAAGUCUGAACUUGCUAUACCAAAGAAUCCAGCAAGCAGUGAUUCCUGCCCUUCGGAAAAAGAAGCCAAUUCAGGCCCUAAUUCGGUCAUGAUUGUCCUGGUCAUGCUGUUGAAUAUCGGGUUGGCCAUUCUUUUUGUUCACUUUCUGACUUGAUUGGAAUGAGGAAAGCCCCAUCCGGCGAAGUUCUUGGCAUUGGCUACUCCAUCUGUCCUAGCAGAGUGUGACUAAACUGGAAAUGUAUGGACCUGCAAUUUUUUUUUUUUUUUGAUGGAAGUCAACAGCUGCCUUACUAUUUUACCGUCUGACGUUUUUAGUAGGGAGCUGGGGAGAGAAGACCGCCCAAGGAAUGCCGUCUGAGGAUUGUGUUGCGGUGGGCACGGUUUCAGCCUUCACUCCUGUCUCAUUAGAAGAAGUAGGUAGCAGCGUCACUCAGUAGUCUUCUGCGGUGACCUGCUGCUGUGACAUCUCCUGGAAUGUUCUGGGAGGGAACGUUUCCUUUGCUUGUGCACGACCCUGCUCAUUUUCGCUGUUUAUUUAAAUGUGAUGCACAAUCAUCUUCCACCUGCAGCCCUGGCUGGAUGAAAACACACAGGUUGCAUCUCAAGGAAAAGCAGCAACAAAAGACUAGUUAAAAAGGAGAAACAUAGUGUUUAUUUUAAUAGCAAUACAUCAUUUUCAUGUUGUUUAUUCUUUCUAAACCCAUCAAAGGCUAUUUAUUAAAAAUGUAGUCAUCUGAAGGUACUAUACCUUCCAAAGACAUAAUUUAAUUUUAAAUAUUUUUAACAUCACUGAGGUGAGUUGUGGAUGCACUCAGGAGGUGCUUAAUUUUAAAAGCUGAAAGACAACAGGAUACUAAGGAGUGUAGUCAAAACGUUGCAUGGAUUGCAGUCAUCAGUGGUUAAGGGUUCGGUUUCAUUGCUGACGUACGUUACAACCAAAUAAAAUGUUGUCAGUGGCUAUGUUAAUUCCUAUGAAAGUUAAGCAAGAGCCUAUUAAUAGCCACCCUUCUCUUUCUCCGCCCUGCCCCUCCCCACCCUCAAAUUUUGGUUGAAUGCAUUCAGGUAGAUAGAAGCUUCCUUAAGUCGCUGCUCCUCGAUUCUCUGCCCUCCACACUUUUCAAAGUUGUUUUGUAAUCUUCUUUUAAACUUUAAAAGACAUAGACGGUUUUGUUUUAAAUAUUUGUCUUUUGCUGUCCUGUUUUGUUCUGACAUUGAUUUUUUUCUAUUAUAUAAUUUACUCAGAAGCAUGCUUACCUAGAGAAACUAUAUGAUCUUUAUAAAAAAUAAUUAUUUAAAAAGAAAUCAGGGGAGGAAAAAGGUAUGUCUGAGUCUCUCAAGGGUGUUACCUUAUGGAGGGGGAUCUCUUCAUCUAACAUGGAUGUUAGCCAUGAUGUCAUGGUGUCAGCCAUGAUGUCAUGGUGUCAGCCAUGAUGCCAUGGUGUCAGCCGAGUCUCUCCGCGCCCAGCUGCCUCUUUAGUGUGGAAGAGACGGUGUGUGUAACUCCAGGUCAGCACAGGUGUGGGCUGCAUGCUUCGUCACUUGCAGGGUAGUGACCCAGUGGCGAUUUUUUUGCACAAGUGCAAUAGAGUAAUUCCUGGGUGUGACCAAGACGGGUUAAAGAAGGCAGAAAGAGAGCAGGUGAAAAUAAAAUUACAACUUGUAUAUUUAUUUUUUACAUUUUGCUUUGACUUUUAAAUUUAGAAAGUCCAUUUUUACUCAAGAACAAACUGAGUCCCUAUGUCAGUCUCCACAUUAUCCCCACCCCUUCCUACCCCUGUAGCUCCGUAUGCUGGGAAGGCGGAUUUUUUUUUUAAAGAAAAUAGAAUAUUUAAUCUUAUUAAGUGUUUAUUUAAAUGUGUAAUGAAUGCUUUGAAAAGAAUGGGCAACAGAGGACUAAAGGAUGUUUAUAAAGUGAGCAUGUUGGCUCCAUUUAUAAAUAUAUAUAUGAUUUAUAAGCUUUUUUAAAACAAAGCUCAAAUUGUGGGUAUUUUUCUAAAAUGUGCACAGCUGUAUUUUCCAUGAAGGAUCUUUCUAAUAGGUUGUUAUACUGUACUCUACAUUUUGGACAGCACAUGAAGUCUGCCAAUGUACUUAAUAAAACAUGACUUUGUUUAUUUCAAGUUUCUUGCUGUGAAAAAGAACUCCCUACCAGUGAGUUCCUUAAUUUAUAAUCCUUGAAACCAAAAUGUAUAAUGUACAGUUUCCACAACUGUAACUGCUCUAAUAAAAAUGUUGGUUAUUAAUAAA